UCAGUAUGCGUCUCCCUUCUCCUUCUCCUUUUCCUAUCCAAUGGAUAUGUGAUUUACCUCCGGUUCCUAGUACUCAUAAUCUCCUUAAUGAUCCCUCUGUUGCCUUUGCUUUAUCUAAAUUGAGGGGAGCAAAAUUCAGCUUGCCACAUUUAAUUGUGGAGGGUUUGAUGUUUCCUUUCGGGAUAAGCAAUAUUGACACCCCCUUGGAUGGCUCUUUCGCUGAUGCCCUUCUCCCGGCUUUCAUGUACAAGAACCCUACUAUGACUAAGUCCUUUGUGAAUAAUCUCGGAGAAGAGUGGCUGCGAAUUCGACGAGCUAAUCCUAAUUCCUCUACCUUGGGCCUACUGUCUAAAGAAGAACAACAAGUAGAAACUGUUGCAGCCAUGGAAGAGGAAGAAGAACAGCCUUUCGUUGCUUUAAUCAAAAAGCCAAGGCUUACUGAGAAUGUACCCUUUGGUGAUCUUUUUGGUACUUUCGUGCAAGCUCCUCUUGUUCCGACGCCUUUUUCUCUUGAGAGAGGUAAGCAAAUCUUUAUUAUGUUGUGCUAAAAGGAUUUAGAAAAGCAAAUCUUUAUUAUGUUGAUCUUUCAUAUGCUUCUAACCCUCCUAUUAAGUGCUUGAUAUCAAAAGAAGAGGAAGGAUGACUAUGACAUAGAAGACUUGGACAUAUCAACAUGAGGAACAUAGACAAGGUAGCCUAGAUGGGGCUAGUAAAGGGACUACCAAUGAUCAAGUACAUCAAGGACAAGUUGUGUGAUGCAUGUCAAGAGGGUAAGUAAUCAAGGUCAUCA